AUGGCCUCAAUUACAUUCAAGUCGUUCAUCGGACUCCACCAAUCUUCAAUGGAAAAACACCACCACCACUCGAUCACCACUCCAUCUAAAUGCCUUGUACCAAGCCAACUCCACUACCGCCGUCUUAACGUUGUCGCCGCCAAGUCCAGUCCCACAAUCACUGGACGAAAUCUUCGUGUUGCAGUGGUCGGCGGUGGUCCUGCCGGUGGCGCAGCUGCCGAAACUCUAGCCAAAGGCGGAAUAGAGACUUACCUCUACGAGCGCAAACUGGACAAUGCCAAGCCCUGCGGUGGAUCCAUCCCACUUUGCAUGGUCGAAGAAUUUGACUUGCCGAUGGAUAUAAUUGACCGCCGUGUCACCAAUCUGAAGAUCAUCUCCCCGUCAAAUGUCUCCGUCACCAUCGGCAAAACACUUAAACCCCAUGAGUACAUCGGAAUGGUCCGUCGGGAAGUCCUCGACACCUACCUCCGUGAUCGCGCUGUAGCCUCCGGCGCCACCAUCAUUAACGGACUUUUCGUCAAAAUGGAUAAACCCCAAGACAGAAACGAACCAUACGUCCUCCAUUACAACACCUACAACGGAAAACCCGCCGGAGAAAGGAUGAGUAUCGAAGUUGAUGCCGUAAUUGGUGCCGACGGAGCAAAUUCCCGUGUCGCAAAAUCCAUUGACGCCGGAGAUUUAUGA